UAAAACAUUUGUCACUUUCCUGCUACUCUGAGGGAUACAAAGGCUCAGUCAGCACUGGGUGACAUUACAUGACCUGACUGGAGUGUACUCACCCUCACCCUCACCACCAUCUAGGAGCCGCUCCUACUCAGCCAGUCUGCAGCUUCUGCCUCCAGGAUAACACAGCGGCUGGGACCUACAUCAUCUACAGAUAUUCAAAGUGAAGUAUGACAGAUCCCUCAAAUCUCCAUAAACAAAGUGCUCUAGACAUUGAUGACAGUCAAGGAGAUGAUGCCUCAUCAACACAUAAUGACACUUUCCCUCUGUCUUCCUUGGCCAACUUGUUUGAAAAUGAAGAGGGGGCAGUACCCGCAGAGGUGAAUCGGACUCCGCAGCCCCCUGGAGAUGGCAAACAAAACCUCAGGAUUAGAUUUCAGGGUGCUUUCAAGAAAGGUAUUUCAAAUCCAAUGGAUUAUUUGGAAUCAACCAUUUAUGAAUCAUCAGUGGUGCCAGCACCAAAGAAAGCACCUAUGGACUCCUUGUUCGAUUAUGGGACUUAUCAUCACCACCCUACAGAAAACAGACGAAGACGAAAGAAGAUGGUUACUGAGAAGGAUAACCAGAAUUCUCAAAACUCAAGUCCUGACCCCCCUCGAGUCAUCAAGAUGUUUAAUAGACAUAUUCUUUUUGACGUAGUGUCAAGGGGUGCCACCUCAGAGCUGGAGGGAUUCUUGCCUUUUUUGUUGUCUCAGAAGAAGCGAAUGACAGAUGAGGAAUUUCGAGAGCCGUCAACGGGGAAGACGUGUUUACCCAAAGCUCUGUUGAAUUUAAAUGGAGGAAAGAAUGACACCAUCCCAAUGCUGAUUGAUAUUGCCGAAAAAACUGGAAAUCUCCGUGAAUUUCUCAAUUCCCCUUUCCGAGAUGUAUAUUACAGAGGGCAGACUGCUCUUCACAUAGCAAUAGAAAGACGCUGCAAGCAUUAUGUGGAGCUGCUGGUAGAGAAAGGAGCUGAUGUCCAUGCUCAGGCCAGAGGGCGCUUCUUUCAGCCAAAGGAUGAGGGCGGAUAUUUCUACUUUGGUGAACUCCCACUAUCUCUCGCAGCUUGCACCAACCAGCCUGACAUUGUGCACUACCUGACUGAGAAUGCUCACAAGAAAGCAGAUCUGCGUCGUCAGGACUCACGAGGCAAUACUGUCCUGCAUGCGUUGGUUGCCAUUGCCGACAAUACAAGGGAGAAUACCAAAUUUGUUACGAAAAUGUACGAUCUUCUGGUCAUAAAGUGUGCCAAUCUUUAUCCUGACUGUAGCCUAGAAGCUAUAUUGAACAAUGAUGGCAUGUCUCCCCUUAUGAUGGCAGCAAAACUGGGCAAAAUAGGGAUAUUUCAGCAUAUUAUCCGGCUAGAGAUAAAAGCAGAAGAGGCCAGACACUUGUCUCGUAAAUUCCGGGACUGGGCUUAUGGUCCUGUUUACUCCUCUUUGUAUGACUUAUCUUCUUUAGAUACAUGUGGCGAAGAGGUCUCCGUACUUGAAAUCUUGGUUUAUAAUAGUAAGGUUGAGAACCGCCAUGAAAUGCUGGCUGUGGAACCUAUAAAUGAACUGUUGAGGGACAAAUGGAGGAAAUUUGGAGCUGUCUCGUUUUACAUCAGUGUUGUCUCCUACCUCAUUGCCAUGAUCAUAUUUACAUUAAUUGCUUAUUACAGACCCAUGGAAGGCACACCACCCUACCCAUAUAGGACAACAGUGGACUACCUGCGAUUGAGUGGAGAGAUCAUUACCUUGGUCACUGGGAUAUUCUUCUUUCUUUCCAAUAUUAAAGACCUGUUUACGAAGAAAUGCCCGGGAGUAAAUUCCUUGUUUAUAGAUGGAUCCUUCCAGCUGUUGUACUUCAUCUAUUCAGUACUGAUUAUUGUCACUGCUGCCCUCUACUUGGCUGGUGUUGAGGCUUAUCUGGCUGUGAUGGUGUUUGCCCUUGUAUUAGGAUGGAUGAAUGCACUGUACUUUACCAGAGGACUGAAACUCACUGGAACAUACAGCAUUAUGCUACAGAAGAUAUUAUUUAAGGACUUGUUCCGCUUUCUCCUUGUGUACCUCUUGUUUAUGAUUGGCUAUGCUUCAGCUUUGGUAUCCUUGCUGAAUCCCUGCUCCACAGAAGAGAUUUGCAAAAAUAAUGGAACAGACUGUUCCGUGCCCGAGUAUCCAUCUUGCCGAGACAGUAGCACCUUCAGUAAGUUCUUGCUGGAUCUCUUCAAGCUAACCAUCGGAAUGGGAGACCUAGAUAUGAUCAACAGCGCCAAGUACCCAGCUGUCUUCAUCAUUCUGCUGGUGACUUAUAUCAUCCUUACCUUUGUACUCCUCCUUAACAUGUUAAUCGCUUUAAUGGGGGAAACAGUGGGCCAAGUGUCGAAGGAGAGCAAGCAAAUCUGGAAAUUACAGUGGGCCACCACCAUUCUUGACAUUGAGCGGUCAUUUCCAGUCUUCAUAAGAAAAGCUUUUCGUUCUGGAGAAAUGGUAACAGUUGGGAAGAAUUUAGAUGGGACUCCUGAUCGACGAUGGUGCUUUAGGGUUGAUGAAGUGAAUUGGUCUCAUUGGAAUCAGAAUCUGGGCAUCAUUAAUGAAGACCCUGGAAAGUACGAUACUUAUCAAUAUUAUGGUUUUUCACAAACAGUGAGGCAUCUACGGAGAGAUCGCUGGUCUGUGGUGGUACCUCGAGUGGUUGAACUAAACAAAGCACCUCAUCAUCCUGAUGAUGUUGCGGUUCCGAUGGAACAUAUGCAGCGUACAAAUCCAAAUUACCAAAGACCUGGAUACCCAAACAACUGGAAGAAAGAUGAAACAAAUAUUUAAUAUGGUUCCUCUGCCUCAGCCUACCAACUCCCUUUGUGCCUAUAGACACUCAUAACUCAUGAAAACAGAGGUCCAUCUCCAUCUGUGCUGCUAAAUCAGUGUCUGGAACUUUGCACUUUUGCACAAAUGUUUAUUUUAUAUAUGGCUGGACCAGCUACUGGAGGCCGGAUCCAAACUGUAAACCAAUAUUUUAAUUUUUAAUAUUUUUGUAAGUUUUAAAGAAUUUUUUUUUUGGGAUGUUACAGUUUUUCAGAUAAAUGUUUAUGAAAAAUCAAAACUGUAACAUGAUAGUUUUGUUUUCUGUGAGAGAAGACACUUCUACAUAUUGUACUUGUUUUUAGCUGCCUUAAUGUUGUACAUUUUAUGCUUUGAAAUGUUUUUUUAUAUUACAUACAGUAUUAUACAUAAUGUUAAGUAAUUCUCCAAUAUUCUUGGAGUCUUAAUAGUAUAAUAAGCACGCACUAAAGCGUGUUUGUAUAAAAAAUUAAGCCUUUUGUGUAGUAUUACUGUUAUUUGAAUGGAAUACAUUCUCCCUUUCCAGUAGUCCCUAAGUUUUUAUGUAAUGUUUAGUCGCUUGCCAUCUACGGAAUUCCAAACCCAUCAUGUUUUAUUAUUUUCUCACUGCAUCUUCACACAUGAUUUGUGGGCUGAAAGAUACAGUAUAUAUUGCAUUUGGUGUAAAUAUUUCUUUCUGAGGGCUGUAAUGUAAAAAACAGCAAAUGGUCCUCUUCCACCAGCAAACCUGCCAUUUAUUUUCUUACAUGUAAAAUUAAUAAUGACUUUGGAAAAGGUUCCCCACACAUAUUUAGAGCUCAUUAUUAACUAAAUAAAACUGUGCAGGUGAAACCUGGAACUCUUUAUAGAUUGAAUAUUGCAGUAAGGAUUACUUUUAGGGUCUAAUCACACACACGGUAUCCUGCGCAUAUUUGAUGCACAGGAUUUGAAGCUGCAGACAUGAUUUGUUAUUUUGUCUAGUUUACAUUGAAAUCUGCAGCUUUAAAUCCUGCGCAUCAAAUAUGCGCAGGAUACUCUGUGUAAAUACACCCUAAAGAGGUAUUUAGAUAUUCUAAACUCUAUAUUUUGCGGUAGCCUCGCUAAAAACUUAAAGCAUUGAUCCUCACCUAGCCCAUUUCCUUCAGCACCUUGUAACCACUUGUUGCUACUUCCAAAAAGAGUCUUCCUAGCAGGACCUGCCUGCUUAGCCAAUCACUGAAAAGACUCAUAUUGGAAGCAGCAACAAGUGACGAGGGGUAGACUGGAAGGUGCUGGAACAGGAGUUGCAAAAACCAGGGUAGGUGAAUAUUAUUUAAAUUAAAUAAUAAACUAAAUACGAAAAAAUAAGUAGGAUACUGGAAUACCCAUUUAACCCUAAUAUUUGUAUAAGACAUUAAUAAUUAUAAUGCAAGCACUGCUUACAUGAUUUCAAAAGAAAUUCUCACCAAGAAAUUAUUUUUUUGUGGCCCCAGUCUUAAAGGAGAACUCCAUUGGAAACAUCUUAUCCCCUGUCCUUUGGAUAAGGGAUAAGAUGAUAGGUCGCGGAGGUCCUGCCGCUGGGGACCCCGCCAUUUUGUUGCAGCUUCCGCAUUCAUGACAUCACCCCACGCCCCCUCCAUUCAUAGCCAUCACGCUUCCUCCCAUAGACAUGACGUGGUGGCUUGCAUCGCCAGUCAUCGGGCAUGGAGGAGAGUUUGCUUCGUACACCGAAUGGCAGGGGGGGGUGCCCCUGUGAAGAUUGUGGGGGUCCCCAGCUUUUGGAUAGGGGAUAAGAUGUUUCCAGCGGAGUAGCCCUAGAUCAUGAUCAAUAUGGGUUUAAUCAUGUAAAUAAUUCUCAGAUUCCAUGAUUCCAG